AUGGAUGAGUCUUACCCGGGGCAUGCCAACCGUGGCGCAGAUAAUGGGGAGAAAGCCUUCCUCGACAGCUCGGCUCAACACGCUGAGCCACAUCACCCCAAGGGUCUCGAGCGGUACAUAAGUCACUCUGCUGUGGUGAACUUUGGUGUGAUCAUCUUAGCGUCGUGGGAGUCCUUUGCUGUUACUUUUCAAUUUGCCCUGGCCAACGGCGGGCCGGCUUCGAUGUUUUACGGGUCUAUCUUGGCUGGCUUUGGGGCGUGCGCCAUUGGGUUCUCGCUUGCUGAGCUGGCAUCUAUUGAUCCGACAGUCGGUGCACAAUACCGGUGGUCUGCCAACCUCGCCCCUAGUGCAAACAGAUUCUGGGGUCUGCUGCAAGGAUGGAUCACGACUGCUGCCUGGUGCUUCGCCUGUGGAGGUCCCCCGUCCAUCCUCGCGAAUAUCAUCACGUCUUUGGCAAUUUUCAAUAACGAGACCUACGAACCGCAACGCUGGCACACAAGCUUGAUCAUGAUUGGCGCUCUCAUAAUACCUUUCCUCUUCAACCUCUGGUUCCGUAAGCUGCUCGAUGUGUUCGAGAUUCUCGGCGGCGUCUUACACCUGGCUCUCUUCGUCGCUUUCAUCGCCGUUCUCGUCGCUUCGGGGCAGCGUAGCAGUAAUGACUACGUGUUCAAGACGUUGACCUCAGAUGUAUCUGGCUGGAACAACUCUGGCGUAUCAUGGGGCUUAGGGCUGUUGACAGUGACCUUCUCUGUUACCGGCUUCGACAGUGUCAUCCACAUGAGCGACGAAGUCAAAAAAGCCCAGACUCGGGUGCCGCGCAGCGUCAUCCUUGCUUGUACCGUGAACUCGGUCAUGCUGGUUGCUUUCGUCAUAGUGUUGCUAUUCUACAUUGGCCCUGUAGAUACCCUUUCCACGGCCCCUCUUCCACUGAUCUACGUCGUCUACAAUGCAACAGGCUCUAGAGCUGCGACCAACGCCCUAAUCUCACUUGUGGCAAUUAUCAUUUUCCUUGCCCUGUUCAAUAUGCUGGCGUCCGUGUCCCGUCUUGUUUGGGUCUUCGCCAAAGACAACGGGCUGCCUUUCUCCAACUUCUUUUCGGUUAUCAACCCCACAUUGAAACUCCCGGUUCAUGCCUUGCUUUUCAUUCUUGGCAUUGUUACGUGCCUCUCCCUUAUUUAUAUUGCUUCCAGCACCGCGUUCAACGCCCUGAUAUCUCUUCAAGCCCUAGCUCUUCACGUGUCAUAUUUCUUCCCAAUUCUUUUCCUGUUGUUGCGACGAGUGCGAGGCCCUUCCCCGCCCUACGGUCCCUUUAAGCUUGGCAGCGCAGGUAUUCCAGUCAACAUCUUUGCCUUGUGCUACUUGGUCUACGUGGUACUUUGGAUGCCGUUCCCACAGAUUCUACCAGUCACCAAAGACAACAUGAAUUAUGCCGGACCGAUAUUCGGCGCUGUCCUGGCUGGCGCACUGGCUGAUUGGGCCUUAGGUGGUAGGAGGAGGUUCCAGAUGCCUGUGAGGAAAUACGGACUCUCGUCUGCGAAUUGA